AUGAUUAACUGUACAGAGAGAGAACAUCAGCUACAUUGCCUAUGCAUAUGGCAGUCAUUGUGUCAAAUAUCAAGAGAAAAGUGAAGGGAAACAUAACCGUUAUAAGGGUCAAGAGGGAGACACCAGAAUAGUACUUACCUUUAAUUUCGAGUUGUAGAACGAGUCUUGUGAAAUAUUGGUUUCUGAGCUGUCAGCAGACCUAUCUCAGUUGGUUCUCUCCUGUUCCCCUUCAAAUAGACCCAAGGCACAGGACUCAGUUGACCAUUAACCUCACGAUUGAUUACAGCUGUUUCCUCACACAUAAGCCUCUGAGCGCUGGUCUGUGGCUGCUGACACAAAGUUCACCUCCCCCCUCAUUCACCAGCAGAGCACAGAGGCGGCAGAAGCUUGAAGUUGGAUUCAUUUCCUCUGUUGGUGGUUGAUUGUAUUUCACCUUCGUAUAGAUAUUUUGAAGAGAGUUGGAAUCAUGACGGCGUCUGGGUAUGGAUACUAUCGGACUUCCAUUUUCCUGGCCAUGUUUGUGGGCUACACCUUGUACUACUUCAAUCGGAAGACCUUCUCGUUUGUGAUGCCAUCCUUGAUGCAAGAAAUUACCCUUGACAAAGAUGAUUUGGGCUUCAUCACCAGUAGCCAAUCGCUGGCCUACGCCAUCAGUAAGUUCAUCAGCGGCGUCCUGUCGGACCAGAUCAGCGCCCGAGUGCUCUUCUCCAUCGGACUCUUCUCGGUGGGCGGCAUCAAUGUGAUCUUCUCUCAGUCGUCCACCGUGGCUGUCUUCUCUGGCCUCUGGUUCCUGAAUGGCCUGGGACAGGGUCUGGGCUGGCCCCCAUGUGGGAAAGUCCUCCGCAAGUGGUUCGAGCCGUCACAGUUUGGUACGUGGUGGGCCAUCCUGUCCUGCAGCAUGAAUCUGGCGGGGGGGCUGGGCCCCAUCAUCGCCACGCUGAUGGCCGAGAGCUACAGCUGGCGGACCACGCUCUCCAUCUCGGGCCUGGCCUGUGUGGUGGUGUCUGUCUUCUGCCUGAUGCUCAUCAAGAACGAGCCCAGCGAUGUUGGGCUGCCCAACAUCGAGCCCGGAGCCAAGAAGGGCAAAGGAGAUUCCUCCAGUGACGACAGCACCCUGAAAGAGUUCCUGCUCUCCCCUUAUCUCUGGGUGCUGUCGCUAGGCUACCUGGUGGUGUUUGGUGUGAAGACCGCCUGCACUGAUUGGGGGCAGCUCUUCCUGAUCCAGGACAAGGAGCAGUCAGUGCUCAUGGGGAGCUCUUUCAUGAGUGCCCUGGAGAUUGGAGGCCUGGUGGGAAGCAUUGCUGCUGGCUACCUCUCGGACCGAGCAGUGGCCAAACAUGGGCUCAGCAUUAAAGGCAACCCUCGUCACUCCCUCCUGCUGUCAAUGAUGGCAGGGAUGUGCGUCUCCUUGUACCUCUUCCGAGUCACAGUCACUCCAGACAGCUCAAAGCUCUGGAUCCUCUCUCUUGGGGCUGUAUUUGGUUUCUCUUCAUAUGGACCAAUAGCAUUGUUCGGUGUGAUAGCCAAUGAGAGUGCCCCUUCAAAUUACUGUGGAACUUCACAUGCCAUUGUUGCUCUCAUGGCCAAUGUGGGUGGCUUCAUGUCUGGACUGCCCUUCAGCACCGUCGCCAAACACCACGGCUGGAACAUGGCCUUCUGGGUUGCCGAGGUAACCUGCAUCAUCACUACGGUCAGCUUCUUCCUACUGCGCAACAUCCAAACCAAGAUGGGCCGCAUCCCCAAGAAGGCCGAUUAGGCAGCUGCUCGCUAAGAAUCAUGGGACAUGUGGCAUCCUCUUCUUGCGUAACGAGACCAUUCUCAGUACACAGUUCUCCAUCUCCGUCAUUUGUAUUACAACAUUCUGGUAAAGAAUUCAUACAUUUACAUUUCGUUUUACAUUAAUACGUUUUUAAAGACUUUACCUGUCGAACCAGCACACUAAUUAAAGGGGAGUCGGCAAUACUGGAGAAAGAUUGUUGAUAUUUGAGCUCAACGGCCAAACAAACAAACGCCUCUCCCUUAAGUGUUUUUUUCCCUUCAGCAGACAUCUCACAGAAUGGACAGCUUGUGGAUCAUGAGGAUCUAUUCGCUGAAUGUGAAAAAUGAAUGUCUUACAGCCAGGGUAGGGUAUACCGGGUGCACAACUGAAGCGCUGUAAAAUAAUUUUAGAAGAUUAGUCUAAUGUGUGCCGUGCUCGCACAUCUGUAGCCAGUUCCAUUGUUUACAGUGGAAGCUAAUGGUCGCAGCAUACGCUCCCCAAACAGAAGGCUUCAGUUGCGUAGUAGUCUGCCCACUUCGCCAACUUUCCCAUUAAGUCAUAAUUCCUAAGAGCACACAGUGCCAUCUCAACAUAUGAGGGGAUUAAACACCACAACUGCUUAGGGGGAAACUAAGCACCACAACAUCUUAUCAUCAUAAUAAGGGUGAUAUUGCAAAUCUCUGCUCAGAUCUAAUCUCAGUUCUCAAAAGGAAAUGACCCAGAAACAGUCAUCUCAAGAGAAAAGGCUAAAAGUUUUUACUCUGUUACUCUGUACACACUCGGGACACACUUUAGAUCUCUGUCCCUAUCUUAUUUUUUUACACAGCAGUAUUUGUGUCUAUUUUCUCUACUUAAUAUGUUGUGCCGAACAUCAAAAACCGAAUGGGGCACCACAGUACGACUUUGUAGGAAUUACCAGUCGCCAUGGUAUUUUACUACAGUAUAUAAUAGUGUAUUGCAAAAUAUUUGAAUUGCAUGUCAUUUAGAUAUUUGCAUAUAGUCUCACUUCACAAGUUAUGGAAUGUCAACAAAAAGCAAUGAUUUUGGUACUGAUGUGCCUUGCCAUAUAAACUAAAUGUCUCACUUUGUAACACGAGGGGUAUUAAUUUAGAGUUAAUCGAGUAUUAAAACCAUCUCUGUCUCACCAGCGUUAUAGUUGGACUCAUGCAGGGAAAUAUGUCUGAUCUCUGUUUCUCCUAGUUCUACCUCCACUCUUCAUUCCAUGUAGAUGGCAUUUGAGUGUUGUUAAGUGUGAAUAUUAGUUUUGACGACUUAAUGAAAAAUGAAAUGCUAUUAAAUUGCACAAUUGCACAUGAAGACAAGCAUGAUAUACUAAAACUGCAUUAACUUUUUUCAGGGCUAAAUCCUGACAAUUUUGCAGUGUGAGUUUGAUGAUUGACCAAAUUAAUUUAAACAAUGUCAUAACUGAACUGGAUUGUGAAAUUAUAGUUCAGUAUAAACAAUAAUGAAACAUUGUGAGUUACUUGUUAGACAGCUUUGUUUAAAAAACAAGCUAUAUCUGAAAUUGCACAGCGCAUGUAAUACUACAACUACAUUCCCGUCUCAGUUUCAAUUCUGACAACUUUGUAACUUUUGUGUUGUGAAUAUGUUUGUCCUUGCUAUUAAUUUAAUUACAUUCUUAAUAGAAGUAUUAUUAAAGUUUGGUGUAAUGACCACAUUCUA